AUGGUAAUGUUUUACUACUAUCAAUUGGUGUACGCUAUAGACCACUAUGAAAUUACACGGUGUCAUUUCACUCAAGUGGACUCAAGCCACGUCCGACAGCGCACUGCUGGUGAACACCUACCUGGUUUUUGUCCUUUUAUACAACCCUUAUGCUUCGAAGACAGUACAAUCACCAGGAAUGCAUCAACGCGAAGAAAUGACCAACAUAAUAGCAAAAUGGCUGACAAAUGUUGGGAAACAUGGUUGAGGAUAUCUCUUAUAUCGUUCACCAUCUCCAUGACUGUCUCUGACUUCACCACAGAAUGCCAACGUCCUUGUGACUGUCGGUGGCAGUCGGGAAACAAGGCUGCUAUCUGCUCCAACUCAAGUCUAAAAGUCAUACCUGCCAACCUCAGCAGCGACAUACAGAUAUUGGAACUAUCUAAUAAUAACCUUCAACAAUUACAUCAAGAAGCGUUCAAGCGAGUUGGCUUAAGCAAUCUUAAGAAACUAUUCCUUAAAGAGUGUAAUUUAGACGCCGUACAUAAAUCGGCAUUCGUUACCCUAGCCAUAAUGAUAGAAUUAGACUUAUCAAAGAACAGGAUACGGUAUCUCCACCCGGACACUUUCAAAGGCACCGAUAAGCUGAGAUUGAUAAACUUAAAUCACAAUCUAAUCGAUAAAUUAGAGGACGGCCUAUUCCGAAACUUGAAAUUUCUGCAGAAAGUCGAGGUGAGCAAUAACAGAAUCGUCCGAAUCGGCACGAAGGCAUUUGUAAACUUACCGCAGUUAAAGAUCCUGAGAAUCGACGGGAACAACUUGAGCCACAUGAAGCCCGAAACUUUGAUGGCAUUAAGAAACUUGUCCGGCCUAGACUUACAUAAUAAUCCCUGGCGAUGCGAUUGCAACUUACAAACGUUUAGGGAUUGGGUGAUAAGUCACAAUUUAUACACUCCGCCGACGUCGUGCGCCGAGCCCGCUUCGAUUCGCUCCAAACUUUGGAACGAAUUAGACUCCGCAAACUUCGCCUGCCGGCCUACCAUAUUGGAACCUCUACCCGAUUCCACAUACAAAAGUUAUGACGAAAACGUGACUCUGAUUUGCAAGGUCGUCGGUAAUCCGACCCCAGAAGUCGUAUGGAGAUUUAAUGGCAGAACUAUUGAGCUGAGGUCGUUCGGAGAAAUACGUUACGUCGUUAGUGAAAAUACGCUAGACCUAAUAAGAUGGGUAAAUCUGACAAUACUUCAUGCUAGAUAUAGUGAUAGGGGGAAUUAUACAUGCGUAGCGGAGAACCCUGGGGGAGUGGACGAGAAGACGUUAACACUGGUCCUAUCUAAAUAUAGUGGACCUGGCACUAUCGCUGGAAUGGACGCUGACUCCUUCGCAAUAAUGAUAGGAAGUUUAACGGCUAUAAUUGUUAUUUUCGGAGCUGUUUUAGCUCUAUGCCACUGUUCGACGAAUAAUAAUGAAAUGAAAAGACUGAUUAAAACCGACACACGCUCGUCAAAUGGCGAUGCAUUGAUAGAAGGAUCUGUGGCAUCUGAACCUGAGAAGCUGGUUAAGAGUGAAACGGCUAGUAAGGUUAAUAAGAAAUACGAUGCGACGUUGACCGGGCAGGCUACUGAGAUGUCUGAACUAAACAAGACGUUGCUGGAUAGUGACACAAUUUUAGCUAUCGAAGACAGCCAUCGUCAACAUGACCGCCCGAACAUGUCCAAAGAAUUACUCAUAGAUCGAAUAGCGAAGGAUCCCCAAACUUACCCCCCGGAUCUACUCUCAAUACCUCUUCGUUCAACCAAUCAGAACGCUCCAGCUACUUCGCAAGAUAAAGAAAGUCCCAAGUCCCCAAACUAUGACAUCAUCAGCAUCAGUCCAGCCUUGUUAAGUCGUCUGCAAGCUGCGAAUAUAUUGAGUACGAAGGGCUACGUGACUCUUCCUCGGGGACCUGUGAAUUAUGAUAGUGACUUUAGGUCCCAAGCGUUCACAACUCUUAAUGGGGUGAUACCAUGCUAUGAUAAUUUCAAUAUGAGACUAUUCGGUGCUGGAACGUACUACAGUUUAAAUAAGAGCGAGAUAGAUUUGGGCCCUGUAAAGAUGAGGUAUCAAGAAGAAGAGCCAGCUCCGUCUCCAGCACCUGGAACGCCCCACGCGACAAUACCAAGAAACAGUGUGAGUUCUCCUAACAUACACAAUCAGUUACUCAUAUCCCAAAGAGCAGAGAAGACUCUAAAAAUAAAUUUUGAUAACGACGCUUUGAAGGACAAAGUGAGAGCGAACAUAGUUGGUGUCAGUUUGAGAAACGGUGCGCAUAAUAGAAAGAGGAAUUCGUGUGAUUUAAAUAAUUUUUUGGCUAUCGAUAAUGCUACUCAGGUUUAA